CUCUCCCGAGGAAUUGUUCUGAAAUCCACUGCUUUGCAAUGGACAGAAGCCCAGAGGCAGUCAGAGGAAAACUUCAAAUCUUUCAGAAGAUGGAGAGAGAGGCUCAGUUCAGAGCAGGGUCCCCAGAGCUCGAGUACCACGCUGCACUGACUGCCGGGGACCUUGCUCACCUUCAACCCCUCAUGGACCGGUUCUUCCAAGACCCCAACGUGGUGUUUGAGAUCAGCACGGACGAGGUGGAGUGGCGGGUGAAGUCCCCAGCCGCGUUUGGGCUGUCAGGCCUCUGGACCCUGGAGUAUAAGCGCGAGCUCACCUCGCCCCUGCGCGUCGCAGCAGCCCACGGCCAUGCGGCCUGCGUGCGAGACCUGCUGCGCCGCGGCGCCAACCCCAACGCCAGCCCGGGGGCCCGCGGGGCCCUGCAUGAGGCCUGCCUGGGGGGCCACACGGCCUGCGCCCACCUGCUGCUGCAGCACCGCGCAGACCCGGACCUGCCCAGCGCCGAGGGCCUGGCGCCCCUGCACCUGUGCUGGACCACGGCCUCACUCGGGUGCGCGCAGGCGCUGCUGGAGCACGGCGCCUCAGUGCAGCAAGUUGGGGGCGCGGGCCAGGACACCCCGCUGCACGUGGCGGCUCAGCGCGGCCUGGACGAGCACGCGCGCCUCUACCUGGGCCGCGGGGCGCGCGUGGACGCGAGGAACGGCCGCGGCGAGACGGCGCUGAGCGCGGCUUGCGGCGCGGCGCGGAGACCCGAGGAUCAACCGCGCUGCCUGCGCCUGUGCGCGCUGCUGCUGCAGCACGGCGCGGCCCCGGACACGCGCGACGAGGACGAGCGCAGCCCGCUGCACAAGGCCUGCGGCCACGCGCACCACGUCCUGGCGCGCCUCCUGCUGCAGCACGGCGCCGACGCGGGCGCGCUGGACUACGGAGGCGCCUCGCCGCUGUCCCGCGCGCUGCAGACUGCGGCCUGCGCGCCCCCGGCCACGGCACAGCGCACAGUGCAGGCGCUGCUCAACCAUGGAUCCCCCACCGUGUGGCCCGACGCGCUCCCCAAGGUGCUGAGGACUUGUGCUCAGGUCCCUGCUGUCAUUGAGGUCCUUUUCAACUCCUACACUCAGCUGCAUGUGUCUGAGGCCUGGAAGGAGGUGAUCCCUGAAGAAGUCUAUCAGAUGCACCAGCCUUUCUACCAGUCUCUCUUCGCCCUGGCCCACACCCCUCGCUGCCUGCAGCACCUCUGCCGCUGCACCCUCCGAAAACUCUUUGGCAGAAAGUGCUUGCACCUCGUGCCCCUGCUACCCCUGCCCAAGCCCUUGCAAAACUACCUGCUGUUGGAGCCAGAGGGUGUUUUGCACUGAGAACCAGAGCACCUUGUGCCACCAAGCUCUUGCCCUCCUGUCGCGUGUGGAGGACAGCGCCUGGCCAAGAGGGGCACAGCUGUACGGGCAUCCUGCCUCCCCUGCUGACUGUGUGCCAGGCAGAAGCCUCGGACUCACCUUGAAAUGGGACUGGUGAUCAAACUCCUCUCUGCUCUCAGGCUCACAUGUGAGGAUCGUGUGAAUUUGUGACUGUGACACUGCCUGUGCUGGCAGCAGUGAAAGUCCAGCUAAGACACACAGUUCUCCCGAGGUGGCUUAGCAGCACGUGUGCUGCCCUCUGGACUCUGGACCACCCGUCAGCUCACAGGAAAGGACACCCACCCUUCUGGAGCUUGGCCACCCAGAGAGGGUCUGUGCCCAGGACUACCAGAACCUCGUGCUGAGCAAGGACCUCUGCUUCCAGGAGGGGCAGACUUGCCAGGGCCCAUGGGGCCUGUAAUCACAGGACACUCCCACCCUCCGGCCAGCACACCAAACGGAUGCCGAGCCAGACUUUCUGACAUCCUCACCGUGACUGUUCUUCUAAUGUGUCAGCCUGGCUGGACUAAGAACCACCUGGCAUAUUAGCAAAGCACACUCCUCAGUGUGUCUGGGCGGGUCAUGGAGGUACCGUUUAUGUUCCCAGGUCCCUUCCUCUCACGCAUGAUUUCCCAGCUCUGCCUCCAGCCACCAUGAACUAUGUGGCUGAGUUCCUGCAGGACUUUCCACCAUGAUGUUCCUGCCUUGGACUGAAUCCCCUGAUACUGUGAGCCAGAUUAACUCUCUCCUCCUUUAAGUUGCAGGUGUUCGGUAUGGUGCCCCAAUGAUGGGAAACUGACUAAUACACUCAUCCAAUCCCCCCCCCGACCCCAUUCCAGAGAACAGCCCUUUGAGGCAGGUGCCAGGAGUGCGGAGGGUUAAUGAGGAUGCCUGGGCUCACCCUGAGCACCACACAGUAAGAGAAAUCCCCUCACAUCCAGGGCAGAGUUCACUUUGUCUUCUCUGUGCUGAUACUUUGAUAUCUGGGGCCUUGCUGGCCCUGAGGGACAGCUCGUCCCAGACCAGCCAGUCCCUAGAAGCAAUAACCAGCUCACCGGAGCAAACCCACCAGUGCAGAGCCCACACUUAGCCACCCCUGUACUCGGCUGUCUGACUCAAUAGCUACCCUCCUUCCCUGAUCUCUCCAGGCCAGGUGCUAGACAACUCCUUUGCCCCAGAGCCAGACAGUAUGCAGACCAGCCAACCCUACGCCUGCCUGCCCUGCCUUUGCACUCUUCCCCACCUCCUCCUGAACAACCCUGGUGCUUCCCUGUGUGACCCCCAGGCAUGUUGAGCCCCCUGUUUCUGAAAACAGUGAAUAAUAAACAGUCUG